AUGCGUUUCAGGAGGAAGAGGAUGGAUGUUCUACCACGGGCGUGUGCUGGGCUGCUCCUUCUGUCCCUGCUCUGUGGCACUGGCCUCUGCCAAAGGAGCAAAAGCAACCGCUGUGUGCUGUCCCGGGCCAAGAGCUGCACUGAGUGCAUCCGAGUGGACAAGGACUGCUCCUUCUGCACUGAUGAGAGCUUUGAAGAGCCUCGCUGUGACUUGUGGGAGAACUUGCUGCGGUCUGGCUGUGGGGAGGCCAACAUCGUGUACACCAGGGGCGAGAUGAGGACCCAGCAGAAUUUCAGCAUCAACACAUCCCUGCAGAGGACCCAGGUGUCCCCCCAGAGCAUGUUCAUGCGGCUUCGAGCUGGGGAGGAGAUGAGCUUCAACAUGGAUGUCUUCCAGCCUUUGGAGAGCCCUGUGGAUCUGUAUAUCCUCAUGGACUUCUCCUACUCCAUGUCUGAUGAUCUGGACAACCUCAAAAGCAUGGGCCAAAAACUAGCGGAGUUCCUGCAAGAUCUGACCUCCAAUUAUACCAUUGGAUUUGGCAAGUUUGUGGACAAAGUCUCAUCCCCUCAGACAGACAUGAGACCUGAGAAGCUGCGUGAGCCCUGGAACAAUGCUGACUCCCCCUUCUCCUUCAAGAACGUUAUCCGCCUGACCAGCAACAUCAACUACUUCAGCCAGGAGCUCAGGAAGGAACGCAUCUCUGGCAACUUGGAUGCCCCCGAGGGUGGCUUUGAUGCCAUCCUGCAGACAGCUGUUUGCAAGGAUAAGAUUGGCUGGAGGAAGGACAGUACUCACCUGCUCGUGUUCUCCACCGAAUCUGCCUUCCACUACGAAGCUGAUGGUACCAACGUCCUGGCAGGGAUCCUGGCAAGAAAUGAUGAGCAGUGUCACCUGGACACCCACGGUACCUACGUGUAUGACACCAAGCAGGACUAUCCUUCCGUGCCCACCCUGGUGCGCCUGUUGGGCCAGCACAACAUCAUCCCCAUCUUCGCUGUCACCAACCACUCCUACAGCUACUAUGAGAAGCUGCACAAGUAUUUCCCCAUCUCUGAGAUCGGGGUGCUCCAGGAGGACUCUUCCAACAUCGUGGAGCUGCUCCGCACAGCCUUUGAGCGCAUCCGCUCCAAGAUGGACAUCCGGGCUGACUUUGUCCCCAGAGCCUUGAAGACAGAGUUCACCUCCUCCAUGUAUGACAAGACAGAAUCUGGCUCCUUCCACAUCACCCGUGGAGAAGUGGGCAAGUUCAAGGUGCGUGUGAAGGCUCUGGAGUACGUCGGUGGGCAGCAUGUCUGCAGCCUCCCUGAGAGAGACCGCCAGGGAGUUGUCCACGUGAAACCCACGUCCUUGAGUGACAGCCUCAAAGUCACAGCCUCUGUCAUCUGUGACGUGUGUCCUUGUGAACAGCAACAGGAGUUUAGCUCACCCAAGUGCAGCUUCCACGGAGACUUCGCUUGUGGACAGUGCCUCUGCCACCCAGGCUGGCGAGGGGACACAUGCGACUGCUCCCCGGCGUCAUCCCCCAACAACGAAGCCUGCAUCCGCCCCGGGGACGUGGAGCCGUGCUCGGGACGGGGCGAGUGCCUGUGCGGGAAGUGCCAGUGCUACGCCGAGGGCUUGACCCAACGCUUCGACGGCGCCUUCUGCCAGUACGAUGUUCUGCAGUGCCCGCGCACCUCCGGCUUCCUCUGCAACGAUCGUGGUCGCUGCUCCAAGGGUGCGUGCGUGUGCCAGAGCGGCUGGGAGGGUCCGGGCUGCGAGUGUCCCACGAGCAAUGACACCUGCAUCGACAGCAGGGGGGGCAUUUGCAACAACCAGGGGAGGUGUGAAUGUGGCAGAUGCAUCUGUGACAAAUCUUUGCUCUACACCAGCUCCACCUGCGAGAUCAGCUACUCCCUGGGCUUCCAGGCCAUGUGUGAGAGCAUCAGGGACUGCGUUCGCUGCCAGGCCUGGGGAACAGGCAACACGAAAGGGAACUGCGACACCUGCCAGCUCCAGAUACAGAUGGUGGAGGAGCUGAAGAAAGAGGAGGCCAGUGAGUACUGCUCCUUCCAGGACGAGGAUGAUGACUGCACCUACCACUACACCCUGGAGGGAGACCCCAGCGUCCAGCCCAACACCACUGUCCGUGUGCAGAAGAAAAAAGAGUGUCCGCCAGGGAGCUUCCUCUGGCUCAUCCCACUGCUCAUCUUCCUCAUCCUCCUUCUGGGGCUACUGCUGCUGCUCUGCUGGAAGUUCUGUGCCUGCUGCAAGGCUUGCCUGGCACUGCUCCCCUGCUGCGCACGAGGUCGCACAGUUGGUUUCAAGGAGGACCACUACAUGCUUCGUCACAGCCUCAUGUCCUCUGACCACCUGGACACCCCCAUGGUCCGCAGUGGGUCCCUCAAGGGUCGGGACACAGUCCGCUGGAAGAUCAACAACAACGUUCACAAGCAGGGCUUCACCUCCCUCGCUGCCACCAGCCCCAAGGAUCUCAUUCCCUACGGGCUGUCGCUGAGGCUGACCCGGCUCUUCACGCAGAACCUGCUGAAACCAGACACCCGGGAGUGCGAGCAGCUGCGCAAGGAAGUGGAGGAGAACCUGAAUGAGGUUUUCAGGCACAUCCCUGGCUGCCACAAGCUCCAGCAGACCAAGUUUAGGUUACAGCCCAAUUCUGGGAAAAGGCAGGACCACACCAUUGUGGACACAGUGCUCACUGCCCCUCGCUCAGCCAAGCCAGAGAUCAUCAAAGUGGUGGAGAAGCAGGUUUCUCACGAGGCUUUCCAUGACCUGAAGGUUUCACCAGGCUAUUACACUGUGACCUCAGACCAAGAUGCUCAUGGGAUGGUGGAGUUCCAAGAGGCUGUGGAGCUGGUGGAUGUCCGUGUCCCACUCUUCAUCAGGGAGGAUGAUGAUGAUGAGAAGCAGCUGCAGGUAGAGGCCAUCGACGUCCCCACUGGCAUCGCAGAGAUUGGACGUAGGCUUGUCAACAUCACCAUCAUCAAAGAACAAGCCAGCAGCCUCAUCACCUUCUUGCAGCCAGCCUAUUCCCACAGCCGCUUUGAUAAGGUGGCCAAGAUCCCAGUCCUCCGGGAGAUCAUAGACAAUGGGAAAUCUCAAGUCACCUACCGGACCCGGGAUCUCACCGCCAAGAAUGGCAGGGACUACAUCUUCACAGAGGGUGACCUGGUCUUCCAGCCUGGGGAGACCCGAAAGGAGUUGCAGAUCCCCUUGUUGGAGCUGACUGAAAUAGAUACCCUCCUGCACAACUACCAGGUCAAGCAGUUUGCUGUCGACCUUCUCCAUCCCAAGUACGGUGCCAAGAUCGGCCGAUACCCCCAGACCACAGUGACCAUCGCUGACCCAGAGGUGGUGGAUGGUGUCCCCUCAAUGACUGGCCUGGGCCAGGUCUCCCAGUCCCCCAAAGGCCGCCUGAGUGCACCACUGAACCCCAAUGCCCACGCUCUUGGCCCCAGAGAAAUCCGCUUCAGCUGGUUUCCUCCACCGGGAAAACCUCUGGGCUACAAGGUGAAAUACUGGAUCCAAGGGGACCCUGAGUCAGAAGCUCAUCUCAUCGAUGUCAAAUCACCAUCAGCAGAGCUGAGUAACCUCUAUCCCUUCUGUGACUAUGAAAUGCAAGUCUGUGCCUACAAUGCCAUGGGUGAAGGACCCUACUCUGACAUCAUCCACUGCCAGACACUGGAGGAUGUCCCCAGCGAGCCUGGGCGCUUGGCUUUCAACGUUGUGUCUUCCACUGUGACACAGCUGAGCUGGGCUGAGCCUGCAGAAACCAACGGGGAGAUCACAGCUUAUGAAGUCAGUUAUGGACUUGUCAACGAGGACAAUGUGCCCAUUGGCCCAGUGAAGAAGGUGUUGGUUGAAGACCCAAAGAAGCGCAUGGUGCUGAUAGAAAACCUGCGGGAGUCCCAGCCCUACCGCUACAUGGUGAAGGCCAAAAACGCUGCUGGCUGGGGACCUGAGAGAGAGGCCACCAUCAACCUUGCUACGCAGCCCAAGCGCCCCAUGUCCAUCCCCAUCAUCCCUGAUGUCCCCAUCAUUGAUGCAGAGGGAGGUGAGGACUACGACAGCUACCUGAUGUACAGCGCAGACGUGCUUCGCUCCCCCGCUGGCAGCAAGCGUCCCAGCGUCUCGGAUGACUCAGGCUCCAGGUGGAAAUAUGUGCAGUUGCUGGGAGAGGAGUUGGAUCUUCGCCGCAUCACCUGGAGGCUCCCACCUGAAACCAUUCCCCGCCUCUCUGGCAGCAGCCACUUCUCCUCGGACACCGAGGGUCUCCUCCACGAGGAGGACAGCGACGUGGCUCCUGGCAGCCUGAGGAGGAGCAGGACGCCCCGGCCCCAAGCAGAGCACUUGCUGAACGGCCGGGUGGACUUCUCCUUCCCUGGUAGUGGCAGCAGCACGCUGACCAGGACAGCCAACACCAGCUACCACCACAUGCAGCAGGAGCAGAGGGUGAUGGGGAGCUCCUCACUGACGAGAGAUUACUCCACAGUGCUGACAGGGCACGAUCACCCAGGGAGACUUCUCCCUCCCAUCCAUGAAGAUGCUGGGAGGCAAAUCCCACGGCCUCGGGAUGUGGGUUUCAGGAACAGGGCAAAGGUGAAGGGUUACUACCCCAGCACUGGCUGCCGGGACUCUAUAAUCAUGACUGAUGGGUCUGCAGGGACUUGCAAGUACAUAGACUCCAGGCUGCCACUGGGCAUCCCUGACACCCCCACACGCCUGGUGUUCUCUGCCCUGGGACCCACCUCCCUGAAGGUCAGCUGGCAGGAGCCGCACUGCGAGAAGGAGGUGCAGGGCUACAGCAUGCAGUACCAGCUCCUCAACGGAGGAGAGGUGCACAGACUCACCAUCCCCAACCCCAGCCAGAACUCAGUGGUGGUAGAGGACUUGCUGCCCAACCACUCCUACAUCUUCAAGGUGAAGGCACAGAGUGAAGAGGGCUGGGGCCCUGAGAGGGAAGGAGUCAUCACCAUAGAGUCCCAGGUGGACCCACAGAGCCCGCUCAGCCCUGUACCAGGUUCACCCUUCACACUGAGCACACCCAGUGCUCCUGGACCACUGGUUUUCACUGCCCUCAGCCCUGACUCCCUGCAGCUCAGCUGGGAGAGACCUCGCAAGCCCAACGGCUCCAUCCUGGGCUACAUGAUCUCCUGCGAGAUGCUGCAUGGAGGAGGGGAGCCCAGGAAUAUCUAUGUGGAAGGAGACAAUCCAGAAACUACCCUGACUGUGCCCCACCUGAGCGAGAACAUCCCAUACAAGUUCAAAGUGCAAGCCAAGACCACCCAAGGCUAUGGGCCAGAGAGAGAAGGCAUCAUCACUAUCGAAUCUCAGGAUGGAGGCACUUUCUCCCAGUUUGGAGGACAGCAGUACAUGAGUGAGGUGUACAGCUUCCCCACCGAGUACACCACCAAAACCAGCAUCAGCCACUCCUCCCUGGAGCCCCACUUCACAGAUGGCAUGCUGAUGACCACCCAGCGAGUGGAGAGCGCCAGCAGCACCCUCACCAAACAGGUCACCAAAGAGUUCGUGAGCCGGACGGUGAUGUCCAGUGGGACCCUCACCAAACAGAUGGAGAGGCAGUUCUACGAGGCCUGAGCCAGGGCAGGCUGCCCACCACUGGGACAUUUGUGUUCAGAUGGCAGGACUUUGUGGAAUCGUCCAAGGGUGCUUCACCCAGGUGCCACACAGCUUUUCCUGUGGACACAGACCCUACUAUGGCUCUUGAAGCUCUGGACCUCUCAUUUGGCACCCAAUGCACUCCAAGCUCUGCUGCAGUUAGGUCAUCAGGUGUGUGCUCGUCCUGCAGGGCUUCUUCACCUUGUCCUGCAGAGUUUUGCAGAGCCCAGAGGGAGAUCUUCCAUGAACAACCACUGCUCCCUCCAACACCAUUCUCCAGUGCCCACCCAUCUGGAUACACCUGCUGAGGUUCUCCACAGCUCCAGCCUCCCUGGAGUGGAACAAUUUACUCUCGUGUCCUCAGUUUUGAGAGGAUCCCAACUGCCAGCAUCCUGAUUUGUAGGUCAUCUUUACCUCUAGGCUCUCCACCAACUCACCUUGGCCACUAGAGAUGGUUGUUUUGUUCUAUGGUGGGGGGUUAUUUUGGUGUGAGCUGCCUGGGGUGGGGGUUGGGAUUGGUGUAACCUGUGCUUCCUUGCUGCACCUGUGAGGGUUUGUCCUUUGCUGCUGACAUUUGGUACCCUGACAGCAAAGUGCAGCCUUCCCUUGGUACAACAGCAUCACUCCUGCUCUCUUUUUUUUGCAUACAA